CCGCCGGCCCCGGCCCCGGCCCCGCGGUGCCCAGGCGGCGUCAACCUCAGUCAUCACCGGCCAGGGCCUGCCCCUCCCUCCCGCCAGCUGUUCGCAGCCCGACCCCAGCUGCUUCACCUCUGUCACUGCUGGUCCUGAGCAGGUACAGAGGUUUAUAAAAUACUACACGAGGACCUCCCCGGUGGCGCAAGGGGUGGAGUCUCAGCGCUGUGAAGCUAUCCGCAGCCUCUGCGACCUGAGCUUCUGGACCAGCAGGGCUGAGGAAAGCCAGACUCAAUCAAGGCCACUCUGCUUCGAUCAGCAGGAAUAUACAUUACAGUGGAAUUAUGGGUCAUGCCUGUGUUUCCAAACUAUUCUACCAAAGGCACAGUUUACUUUUGCCAUCAGAACAGCAAGUAAAGGUCAUUGGGAAAUACGGAACCAAGCUGUGCAUGGAAGUGUGGCGGCGUCACCUGUUUUCCACCUUACAGGUGUUUCAGGUCAGCCCAUGGCCACUCCACAGGAUUCCAGCGAAGCUCCCUACCUGCUACCUCCAGACGCCAAGGAUUGGGAGGGGCGGGGCAUUCCGGAUUUUGUCUAUGAGCAGAAGGAACUCGCGCCCACGGGGGUACAGUGGCCCCAGCUGGCCCCCGGCACCCCGCCCUUGUCUCGCUUUGACUCUGCACUGUGCUCGGCCUGGAGGCAGCGGAUGGAGCUGGGCUUGUUUCGCUACCACCUGGGGGACCUGCAGACCCGAACCCUCCCCGGUGUGGUGGGGCUCGUGGCUCAGCUGAAUGUGGAGCGGGGUGUGCAGAGGAGGUGCCCCCAGAACAUCCAGAGUGUGAGGCAGGCCUUUGACCCCGAACAGUUUAACUUCAACAAGAUCCGGCCGGGAGAAGUCCUCUUCCGUUUGUGCCGGCAGCCCAAUCGCCCCCAGCAGGAGGAUGUCCUUGUGGUGAUCAACGUCAGCCCCUUGGAGCGGGGCCACGUGCUGCUGGUGCCCGAGCCCGCCCAGGGGCUCCCCCAGCGCCUGCGGCCAGGUGCGCUGCGGGCCGGACUUGAGGCUGUGUUGCUGAGCUCGCACCCUGGCUUCCGAGUCGGGUUCAACAGCCUGGGGGGCCUGGCCUCAGUGAACCACCUCCACCUGCAUGGCUACUACCUGGCCCACAGACUGCCCGUGGAGGGGGCGCCGAGCGAACCCCUGGACCCUGGGGGCCGUUUGCAUCUGCUCCAGGGCCUCCCAGCCCCCGGCUUCCUCUUCUACAUUGAUGGGGUGGGCUCGGACUUGGAAGCCUUGGUAAGCAGAGUGUGUCGGGCCACUGACUACCUGACCGACCACGAGAUUGCACAUAAUUUGUUUGUCACGCGGGGCGCCCCACCUGGAAAGACGUUCCCUUCCUCCGAGCUCACGGGGGUCCGGGUGAUCCUCUGGGCACGGAAGUCCAGCUUCGGCAUAAAGGAGGGUGAGGCUUUCAACGUUGCCCUCUGCGAGCUGGCUGGGCACCUCCCUGUCAAAACCCCCAAGCAUUUCAGCAGCCUGACAGAGGCAGCUGCCCUGGCCCUCAUCCGGGGCUGUCUGCUGCCGCCAGCCCAGGCAGAAGAGGUGCGCACAGCCCUGGUGGCCUUGGCAGCCCAGGAGGAGCCGUAGCCCUUGGGGAAGGGUGAACCCCUGCCUGGAGCUCUGUCACAAUGGCCACGUUGGCCACCUUCCCCCCUGGCCCGGCCUUUGGGACAGGUAAGGAUGGGUGAAGAGGAGAAACCGGGCAAUAAAUCCGAUGAACAAGACCUCGUGGACUUGUCUUCCCCCUCUCUGCAGACAAGCUCAGGGAUGACAAACCCACCACUGUGGCGGCGUGGCGUGCAAGUUACACGCUGGCUUGUGCGGAUGUCCCUUGGCGUCAGGUCUUAGUGAGGUGACAUUGACUGACCUCUGGCCUUCAGCUGCCAGGACUGGGCUCCGACUGCGUGCAGGUGGCAGCUCCCUGGACCCUGCUCUCCUGGGGGCUACUCGGUGCCCUGCAGAGCUGACCCAGGCCUGUACAAAGCUUUAUGAAGAAGUUCAGUCAAGUUUUAUGUCCCGGGGGUGUCAAGUCUCACUGGGAUGAGGCACAACUCGUUGCAUGAGAAACACAAUUUGACAUUUGUCUCUAAGUUUAACUUUUAAACGUCUGUCAAAAAUGGUUGGUCCCCUCGAGUUUGGGGCAUGCUGGGCGGAGUGCAGGUGGCAUUGCUGCCGAGUAGACUGUGUCCAAGGUGACAGGCCAGACAUCAGGCUUUUCCAUGCUAGGACUGGUUUUCAGAGGAAAGCCUUCUCUGGCCCAAAUAAGUUUUUUCCUGGAAAAAAAAUCACUUUUCUUGAUGGUGGCAUUUCUCAGCCGGUGAUAGGCUCUGAGAGUCUUCCAGAGGGAAUUUAGACAGAAGCUUUUCAGGGGACUCUGUCCUAAGAGUCAUCGAGCAGAGUCAGACGGACUGGGCCAGCCCAGCGCCUCUGCAUCUCAGC